GUGAAAUUGGCGGCCAUUUCAACCGACAGAAGGCAAACGGACAAAGGAUUCGAAAACAACACAGCGUUUAGUGGUUAAAAGCAGAAUAAACCAACUCGAAAAGGAUUUCAGAGACGUGUUCUGUUCCUUUUGGCGGACAUGAGGAACGACAUCCUGUCCCUCAAACGAGAAAGAAAGGUCGAUGAGAUGGUGCCGAUGAGGAUCGCUCCCAGGCCGCUACAAUGGAGGAUUACAUGGGACUGGUGGAGAGGAUUAAAAUACCAGAUGAAAGACACAAAAUGGUGCAGGCUCUCUCGGCCAUCGGAGGUGUUAACGUGAGGGACAACGUGAAGAACAUCCUGGAAAAAUUGAUGUCCAAUGAGCUGAUCUCCCUGUUUAACAUGAAGGGCAACAACAAUAAACUUUCCUUCAAAUCCUCUGCUAUUUGUGGAAUUGUGAUUGCCAGUGCUAUGAAAACAAAGGUGAAAGAGGGCAUGACGGAGCAUGAGCAUGAGGUGAUGUUGGCAGUCCAGACUUGUUUGAAGUAUGCCCCAGAUCGUCGGGGUGGAGGCGGACGCAAGAAAACUACUCCCUAAUUUGUAUGCCCCCACCACUAAAAGGGGUGAUAUAGAUUUACAUUUGUAUGUAUGUCUGUGAGACUUCAUGGCUUUAUUAUUAAGGGUAUGAACUACUGCCACUGUGUAUUUUCAU